UUCUCUGCAUACACGCCUUACGUUAUUAUUAUAUAUACACAUCUCAGGCCAAAACGUCUCCAACAAAAAUAUUUUCCAAUCUUCCUGCUGGUUCUAAAUCUCUCUCUUUUUUUAUCAAAACAUGAAGCAACAGCGAUCAUACCUGUUCUUUUCUGCUAGUCUAAUCUUUGUCCUCCUUUUUUCAUAUCUAGCAUCACUUGCAGCUGAAGAUCAUCAAGUUGAGGUGGAGGAUGAGAGAGAGUUCGAUUAUGCUCCAGGAAGUAAGAAAGGACCAGAACACUGGGGAGAGCUUAAAAAAGACUGGGCUUCUUGCAAGUCUGGAAAUUUGCAAUCUCCCAUUGAUAUGUCUAAUCGAAGAGUUAAGGUUAUCAGAAAUUCUGGAGGACUCAAGAGGAAUUACAAGCCUUCUUAUUCUAUACUCAAGAAUCGAGGCCAUGAUAUUUCACUGCAGUGGGGGGAACACAAGGCUGGAUCAAUAGAGAUAAAUGGGAACGAGUAUUUUCUCCAACAAUGCCAUUGGCACUCUCCUUCUGAGCACUCCAUCAAUGGCAGGAGGUAUGAUAUGGAACUUCACAUGGUUCAUAUAAACACAGACCCCAAUGGGAAAUACAACAUUACUGUCGUUGGUCAACUAUACAAGAUUGGUCCACCCGAUGCUUUCCUCUCCAAGUUGCUGAGAGAUAUUAAGGACAUGAAUGAUCGCAAACAAGAGAGACACAUGGGAGUGGUCGAUCCAAGCGAGAUAAAGUUGGAUGUCAAGCAAUAUUACAGAUAUUUGGGUUCCCUCACUGUUCCUCCUUGCACUGAAGGUGUUAUUUGGACCAUAAGCAAGAAGAUAAGGACUGUUUCAGAAGGCCAAGUUAAAGCUCUCAGAGAUGCCGUCCAUGAUUAUGCAGCAAGAAAUGCAAGACCAGUUCAACCACUCAAUAAACGAGAGAUCAAGCUCUAUGGAGCAGAGGAUUAAUCAUCAGCAAUAUGCAAUCAUUCAAUUUUAUUUUUUUUUUAUGAUGGUUUUCUGUGUAUACAUCUCUUCAAUUAAAAAUAAACACAUUAUUUAAAAUCAUCAUGCAUCCUAUUUAAAAAUAGGACAAAUUUUAUUAUUAAUUUUUUAUUAAUUAUAUGUAUAAAUUAAAUCAUACACUCGGUAGGUAGCAGGUAAGAAUUUUUCAUACUGAUGAAUAAUUUGGUAGGAUUGAAGAAUAAAAACUCCAGUUCCUCUUC